UUCAGUAUAAACUGACCAUGGAUGCAGAGAGGGAACAAACAGCCGGGUUCCUGCAUCUUUUGUCCCGUUCUUCCUGGCAUUUACGGACGAUGAGAGUGGAAGGCACCGAGUAGUGGCUCAGCAGGGACGCUCUGACUCUGUGUUAAGACUAGUCCAGUGUUCUCCAGGACUGGCUGCGAUGAUGGAGAAAGCUGCUGUGCUGCUGCUGCUCUUCUGUUGCCUGGUCAUGUCUUUAUCAGGCUCUCCGCUCUACCCAUCCAUCAGGUUUGGAGAAAGGGACGCUUCCGUCCUCAUGACCUCUUCUCUCAAGAACCAAGCAGAGCUACAAAAGAAAGACAAGCUUCCACAGAGGGAUGACGAAGAGCUGCGCUCUGAACGCCACGCUGAUGCCAUAUUUACUAACAGUUACAGGAAAGUCUUGGGUCAGAUUUCCGCCAGAAAAAUCUUUCAGACCCUCAUGGGCAAACGACUCGGAGAUGAAAGCGAGAGCUACAUGAAGCGUCAGUCGGAUAUCUAUGAGGGGACCUUCAAAGAAGAUCUUACAUCCAUCCAGAGCGAUCAGAGGUACAGAGGACAGGGAAUGAGGCCGAGACUUAUCAGCUGAGGGCUAACUGAAGAGAGGAAGCCAUCACUGCUUGCGUUCUUUUGCUUUAUCACCAUGUAUUCUACACAAAUAAAAUUAGUAUGAUUUUGUUUUAUUAGUUGUUAUUCAAAUACUAUUAUAAAUUAUUAUUAAAAACCUCAAAGACA